AUAAAAACAGAGCAUUAACCUCCAUGCUGCAGCUGCUCUCUAUUGAAGCAGACAGUUGGUGAGCCAGACUCCAUGGACAAGAAGGUAGUGCUGAUCACAGGCUGCUCCUCGGGGAUCGGUCUUAGCCUGGCCGUCCGGCUAGCCUCUGACCCCAACAAAACAUUCAAAGUGUAUGCCACGAUGAGAAACCUGGCCAAGAAAGAGCGUCUUUUAGAGUGUGUGAAAAGCCUGCACAAGGAUACCUUGGACAUACUUCAAAUGGACGUGACCAGCCGGCAGUCCAUCCUGGAUGCGAGGGACAGAGUUGUGGAGAAACGAGUGGACAUUCUGGUGUCUAAUGCUGGUGUGGGUUUGAUGGGGCCACUGGAGGUGCUGUCCUUAGACUCAAUGAGGCAGAUUCUGGAGGUCAAUCUCCUCGGUACCAUCCAGACCAUCCAGGCUUUCCUGCCGGAGAUGAAGGCUCAGGGCCAGGGCCGGAUUCUGGUCACCGGGAGCACUGGAGGGCUUCAAGGUCUCCCCUUUAAUGAGGUGUACUGUGCCAGUAAAUUUGCAAUAGAGGGAGCAUGUGAGAGUUUGGCUGUCCUGCUGCAACACUUCAAUAUCCAUCUGAGUCUCAUUGAGUGUGGUCCAGUCAACACUGACUUUCUGGUCAACCUGCAGAAGGCUGAGCUCGGGGAUACAUGUCUCCAACAGGUCGAUGCUCUCACACUCAGCCUCUAUGAAAAAUACCUGCAGCACUGUGGCUCCGUUUUCCAAAACGCAGCACAGGACACUGAGGACAUUGUAAAGGUAUUUCUGGAUGCCAUCCAGUCACCCAGCCCUGCAUUCAGAUACUUCACCAGCGGUGUCGUGCCACCUCUCACCAGACUAAAGAUCUCAGAGCCAGAUGGCAAGCGUUACAUCAGUGCUUUGAGCAAAACCAUGUUCUCAGCUGAGGAACAAUAAUUUUGCCUUGUUUUCAACCAAGCCAAUACUUGCUCAUCUUUGUCUUUAUGUGCUUUAGCUGAAUACCUUUGCUAUUUCGGCUUUGAUAUAAUGAAUAAAGUUGACGCACUGUGACUCACUGUGGUUUCUCAACUGGAAAGGGCAGUUCAGUUUUUUUAGUAGAGUUAACUGUGACUCCAUGUUUCUAUUUUUGUAUGUCACUUAUCAAAAAGUACAUUCCUUAUCACAAUAUAAAGAUAUAAAUAUAAAACAGACCAUUUUCUUUUUGGUGGAGAACUAUUUGAUGAGGAAAUGUGUUUUUAGUGACACAACAGCUUUCACAUUCCAGUCAUUUGAUAGUGUUCUUACCACACACUGACAUAUUUUCACAGGGAUCGGUGUGCUUCUUGACAGGUUCCCACCACGUUCUUAAAUGUAAAACACUCCAAGAAUUUCCUUAUGUAAUGUUUGAUUGGCUAUUCUUAGCGGACAGAAAAUAACUUCAUCGCUCCAAAGCAUGAAACAAAAUAAAGGAGUUUCUCCACUGGCAGUGAAAGGAAAAUAUGCAAAGAUCUUUACAUGAAUUAAUGAUAUUGUAUGUUGUAUAUCUUUACUAGUAUUUGCUGAACUGCUUGCCUUAAAUUGCUCCUUGAGGGAUAAAUGAAUACAGCCUUCGAAUUGAA